AGCCAGAGUUCUGGGAAGGUCGCCUGUUCGCUGGAAAUGUGGAGUUUGGCUGCGAUCAAUAACACCUGACAGACUGACUGAAUGAAACAUGAAGGACCGCACACAGGAGCUCAGACAUGGAAAAGAGCUGGAAGAGCAGAAUGAGGUGACUAUGAACAAUAAAAUGGUGAUUGAAGAUGGCUUUAUGGAUGAGUUCUUUGAGCAGGUUGAAGAGAUUCGGGAGUUCAUCGACUCUUUGGCAGAGAAAGUAGGAGAAGUGAAGAGAAACCAUAGCGCCACACUGGCCUCCCCAAACCCAGAUGAGAAAACAAAAACAGAGUUUGAGGAACUGAUGAACGAUAUCAAGACGUUGGCUAAUAAAGUGCGCUCCAGGUUACAGCAUAUCCAGCAGAGCAUAGAGCAUGAGGAGGCAUUUAAUGGUCAAUCAGCUGAUGUGAGGAUACGAAAAACACAGCACUCCACCCUGUCACGUAAAUUUGUAGAGGUGAUGUCGGAGUAUAAUGCAGCACAAUCAGAAUACAGGGAACGAUGCAAAGGACGGAUACAGAGACAGCUUGAGAUCACAGGUAGAAAGACAACAAAAGAGGAGUUGGAGACCAUAUUGGAAAGUGACAACCCAUCCAUCUUCACAACAGGGGUCUUCAUGGACUGCAGCAUCACUAAACAGGCCAUGAAUGAGAUCGAGACACGACACAAUGAAAUCAUCCAGUUGGAGAGCUGCAUCCGAGAGCUUCAGGAUAUGUUUGUGGAUUUGGCCGUGCUGGUGGAGAACCAGGGAGAGUUAAUUAACAAUAUAGAGACAAACGUCUCCAGUGCUCAGGAAUAUGUGGAGAAGGCUAAAGAGGAAACCAAAGCGGCUAUUAAAAUCCAGAAGACUAGCAGAACGAAGUUGAUCCUGAUCGGCGGCUGUGUGUCCGUCUGUGUUCUCAUACUCAUCAUCGCCCUCAUCUUUGGACUGACAUAAAAAAAAAGACUCUUCGGCAGCAGUCUGUGUGAUGCUCAAUCACAGACACAGCAACUUCUGUCAAGAAGAAACUCAGCACAUCUUUUGUUAUUUGUGAUACAGUUAUAGAUUUGUGAUCUACACUGCCUGACAAAAGUCUUGUCGUGGAUCCCAGUUGUAAGAGCAACAAUAAUAACUUGACUUCUAGUUGACCGUGUGUAAAAGUGUCAGAAGGUGGA